AUGGCCUCACAGCGAUGGAUACUGGCCGUCUGCGUGUCUCUAGCCUCAGUGUUAGGCACAGGGGAAUCGGUCACGACAACAGAAAGUCAGAAGUACACUUGCAAGACUUUUGGCAGUGGUGUCGUCCAGCCUUUCAACGGUUCAAGUUUCUACGUUCGGUCCAACUGCAUGUUCAUCCUCACCCGCUUCGCCCACAACCGGGUGGAGUGUGACAUCACCACACGGCGAGGGGACAACGGGCUGCUGGUCCAAGUCGAGAUCAUCAUCAACAAAGUCAGGACUGUUGUGCAGAAUGGAAGCAUCCGGGUGGAGGGGAAAAGUGUUUCUCUUCCAUACGACCACACCUACCAGCACAUCUUUCAGUACGGCAUCUACACCAAACUGAAGAGUUCCCUGCUUCCUCUGUCCCUCACCUGGCACAAUGUACCCGGAGGAGUAGACGUUCUGUGGGUGGAGUUGGAGCAGGAGCUUAGCACCGACAUGACUGGACUGUGUGGAAAACACAACGCCCCAGGCAACAAGCAGCAGUUGAUCACUAACAGCGCGCUUGCUGACGAAACGUGUCAAACCCGAGAUCCUGUCUCCACUUUCAGUCAAACAUGCAGAGAGUUCUUUUCCUACACCCUGGAAUGUCUGCUAGGUCAGACGCAUCACUAUGUCCAACUCUGUGAGGAGAACAUUUACGGCUACAAAGCAAGCAGAUACAUCGGCUGUGCUUUCUUCAAAGAAGUAAUCGCACAGUGUGGAGACAACAGCCAUGCCUCACAAAUUUGGAGAACGGUAACCAACUGUGAGAAGCCCAGCUGUCCCGGGGAUCUGGUUUAUGUGGAAAUGGGUGUGGCCUUUGUCCCCAGCUGUUCCAAUCCAAACCCAACCUCCUCCAACCAGGAACUCACCAGCUCCUGUGUCUGCCCUCAGGGUACGGUGCUCAAUGAUCACGCAGAUAGCUACCAGUGUGUGAGUGUGUCAAGCUGCCCGUGUGUGUUUGAUGGUAGAAGCUACUUAUCCGGAGAAAUACGCAGCACCAAGUGUCAGUCAUGUAUGUGUGUCGAUGGGAAAUGGCAAUGCUCUGAAAACCAAUGCCCCUCAAGAUGUGUCGUCGAAGGGCAGUUUGUGACAUCAUUUGAUGGCAAACAAUAUGCACUUCCUGGUAAAUGUACAUAUGUGGCUUCACAGGGUCUCAACUGGACAAUAACAAUAGAGUUUUCCAAAAAGGCACCCUCACUAGAAACAGUUAUUCUUCAGCUUUUUCAGGAAACGUAUACAUUCUCUAAAAACAUGGUUCAAAUUGGAGGGGAAAAGAUCACUGAACUUCAUCAAUCUGAUCACGCUCUGGUUUUCUGGCAGUCCUCCGUGUAUGCUCAGGUCGACACAUCUUUUGGUAUGAAGAUCCAAAUCCAGAUGUCUCCUGAAAUCCAGCUGUACAUCACCCCACCCAAAAACCAAACUGGCAUAAUCUCAGGUCUCUGUGGUAACAACAACAAUGACACCACAGAUGACUUCACCACCAGCAGCGGGAUCAUAGAGAACUCGGCUCAACCAUUCGCUCAGUCCUGGAGCGUGGGUGCUUGUGCAGUGAACAUACCGGACGCCUGCAUCAACACUGACAGUGAGAUUUUUGCUGAUGAAAAGUGCUCUGUGUUGAACAACCCCACUGGGAUAUUUUCUAAGUGCCAUGGUCAUAUCCCUACUAAUCACUACCAUACGGCUUGCAUCAAAAGAACAUGUAACUGUGGCAGCACCUUGUCUCAGUGCCUGUGUGUUGCUCUGGGCAGCUAUGCCAAAGCCUGUGCCAGUCUGGGGGUUGUGAUUGGUGACUGGAGGGAAGCUACCGACUGCACUCUGAAAUGUCCGAACAACCAGGAAUUCUCGUACGAAAUGGAAGCCUGCAAACACACAUGCCGUUCCCUGUCCGUCCCCGACCCCCGCUGCGAACUGGGCGACGCUCCGGUGGAAGGCUGCGGCUGUCCGGAGGGAACUCACCUGAACCAAGGAGACAUCUGUACCCGAAAGGCAGAGUGCGAUUGUCCCUACAAUGGCGGGACCACCCCACCAGGGGCUGCUAUUAUCGACGGACGAAACUGCCUCUGUGUCAAUGGAGAACUGAACUGUUCCCAGGAUUGUGGGUGCAGACAUGGGAAGGUUUGUGUGCACUGCAGCGAGUACCCUGUCAACACUGUUCAGAAAACCUGUGAGAGCCUCAGCAAACCAAUGGGUUCCAAUAUGACCUGUGAGAGUGGAUGUUACUGCCCACAUGACCAGUUUGAGGACCACCGUGGAAACUGUGUUUCUCUUGAUAACUGCACCUGCGUGUACAGCGGCAAAGUAUUCAGUGCAGGACAGCAUGUCAGCACCAACUGUAGAACAUGUGUCUGUGGUCAGGGGCAGUGGCACUGCAGCGAUGAGCCUUGUUCUGGGAAAUGUCAAGUUUACGGCAACGGACACUACCAGACGUUUGACUCCAACUGGUACCGCUUUGACGGACAAUGUCGGUACACACUAGUAGAGGAUGGCUGUGGAAAUGAAAACAGCACCUUCUCUGUCAGAGUGGAGAGUGUCCCCUGCUGUGAUGAGGCACUCACCUGCUCUCGCUCCAUCGUCCUAGACUUGCAGGAUCAAGUCACCCUGACACUGAGCGACAUGAAGGUGACGAGACGCUACCAUGAAGGCUGGACCCUGCAGGGAGAUUCACUCUACUCCACACACACUGUCGGACUUUACAUCAUAAUCUCAGUGCCAAGCAGAGGGAUCACUCUCAUCUGGGACAAACACACCCGCAUCACUAUAGAGCUGCAAGCACACUGGAAGAACCGAGUCUGUGGCCUCUGUGGAAAUUUUGACUUCAAUGAGAUGAAUGACCUACAGAUAAGUGGCUCAGCAGUGAUGUCCAGCCCCUUGGCAUUUGGCAACAGCUGGAAAGUGGCCACCCCUCCCUGCUCGGAUGUGACUACAGAGAUAUUUCCAUGUGAACGCAACUCCUACUGCGCAGCCUGGGCCCAGCGGCGCUGUAUGAUCAUGACAGGAGACACCUUCAGUGAAUGCCACUUAAAAGUAGACCCAACUCCUUUCUACAUUGCCUGUGUGCUGGAGUCCUGCUCCUGUGAGUUUGAAGGCAAGUUCCUGGGCUUCUGCACGGCCGUGGCAGCCUAUGCAGAGGCCUGCAGCGACCAGGAUGUCUGUAUAAAUUGGAGAACACCGGAUUUGUGUCCGGUCUACUGUGACUACUACAACGAGCAGGGCCAGUGUAGCUGGCACUAUGAGGCCUGUGGUAAGAUGCUAACCUGCGGCAAGGACAACUACCUCACUCACAAGCUGGAAGGCUGCUACCCAAGAUGUUCAAAGGAGGAGCCAUACUUUGAUGAAAAUACUGGUGAAUGCACUAACCUGAACAAAUGCACCUGUGAAUUUAAUGACACCAUCAUUCAGCCCAGGGCAGUGGUGAUGAUAGAGUCUGUUGAGUGCCACUGUGAAAAUGGAAAAGUUAUUUGCUGGUGUGAGUGUGUAGACCUGAAGAGGAAACAAAGCUGGGGUUGCGGUGAGACGUGGACCGAGGACUGCUUCGAUAAAAGCUAGGACGGGAAGAUAGUGUUGACUUCAGUGGUUUGUCCAGAGUCUCCAAUUCCUAAAUGCCCCAGGGACCGGGCCACAAAAGUCUGGGAUGGAUGCUGUGAAACAUGGAAGUGUGACUGUCGCUGUGAGCUCUAUGGGGAUCCCCACUACAUCUCUUUCCAAGGGGUAACCUUUGAUUUCCUGGACGAUUGCACCUACAUUCUGGUGGAGGAGCAGACACCCCAUUAUCAUCUGACCAUCGCUGUGGACAACUUUGAAUGUGUGGCAGGCCUCCCAGGCUCGUGUGCUAGAGGCAUCAUCAUGAAAUAUCAGAACAGCACAGCUACACUCAGUAUCCUUCCAGAUUUGUUUCAAGUGCAGGCCACUCUGAACAACGUGACCAUACAGCCGCCAUAUGAGGAGCCUGAGUGGAGGUUUGAGACCACCGGAUACGUAGUGUCAAUCGUCCUCCCAGACCUGCGCUCUUAUGUCUCCCUCAGUCCGUCUUACACCCUGGUGGUCAGCCUGGCCAUGGAGCACUUCCUCAACAAUACCCAGGGACAAUGUGGAGUGUGUGGUGUUGGAUCAUGUGUCCGUAAAGGAGGUCUGAUCGAGGAUGACAGUUGCUGUGGUCAGACAGCCAAUGACUGGGUGUACGACGACCCCCUCAAGCCCGUCUGCGCUUCUGCCCUCAGAGACGUACCUUGUUUCUCAACCACUGUAGUACCCACAGUCACACCCACGUCCUCCCCUCCCUGCAAAGCUAGCCUACUCUGUGAGCUGCUACAACACCCAGUCUUUUCAGAUUGCAGACCGUAUGUGGAUCUGGAUCUUAAAAUGAAGAACUGCAAGUUUGAUUCGUGCAGGAAUGGUCCUUGCCCUUCAUUAGAGCAAGCUGCUGAGGAAUGCAAGAAUGUGCAUGUGUGUGUUGACUGGAGAAACCUGACCAAUGGGACCUGUGAUGUGACGUGUCCAGCAGAAUUGGUUUACAGAGAAUGUGAAAACAAGCCGGAUGGAUUCUGCCAUAGAGGAGCAUAUUAUCAAGGCGACACUCCUGAGAGCUACAUUGGAGGCUGUUUUUGUCCCAGUGGCCAAUUCAGAGCAGACAAUCACUCAGACACCUGUGUGUCCGACUGCCCCUAUUGUAAAGGACCACUUGGUGAGCCCAAAAUGCCUGGUGAGGUGUGGCGGUCCGGCUGUAGCCAGUGCACAUGUAACAAACAGACUCUCAAGGAGGAGUGUGUUCCCAUUCCCCCUGUGGUAACUCCCGUCUGUAACCACACUGCUGUACUGGUGAACAACUCUUGCUGCGGUUAUCAGAUUUGCGUUGAGAAGACAUGCAGUUAUCAUGGAAGAACGUACAAGAAGGGAGACCGAUGGAAGGAUGCCACCUAUCCCUGCACGGCAUUUAGUUGCAGCGAAGAAGGAAUUCAGACUUUGACUAAAGUCUGUCCUACAGAAGAGUGUCUGGAGGAGGACAGGAUUUGGGAUGACCAGCACUGCUGCUUUACAUGUAACCAGAGCUGCGCUCCGAAGAUGACCAGUCUUAACCUAACAGUAGACAGCUGUAAUGCCGUCAUACAGAUGCCUGUGUGUCAUGGCCAAUGUGUUUCUGAGUCCAGGGUGGUGUUACGCAGUGACCUGCAGGUGGAGCAGAAGAGCUCCUGCUGUGUGGAGACAGGCUCUGAGAGGAAAUUAGUGACCCUGCAGUGCUUCGACCACACCACCAGGAACUACACCUACAAGCACAUCACCAGCUGUGAGUUCAGAGGCUGGGGCUUCGGUAAAGAAGACCUAAGUACAGUUACUAAAGGAAUGUACUAAAGCAUCAUUUUGAGAGGCUUGUACCUUACUUGAGUAUUUUAAUUUCCUGCUUCUUAUAUACCACUAUAAUUCAGAGGCAAAUUCUAUAAGAUUUAAUCCACUACAUUUAUUAUUUACUUUAGAUUUAUAAAAAUAUAAUCAACAAAUAAUGUUUUAUGUUUUAUUUUAUGAUAAGAUACACUUUAUUGAACCCUUAAUGAAACUCAAAAUCGACCUGCCAUUAGGUAUACAAUAAAAAACAAUGUCCUCCUUUUGCAUGAUUCUUUUCCAUCCAAUGAUAUACUAUUUUGUUUUACGUCAAGUAAAUUGUGAUGCUCAUACUUUUGUAUUCGAAUGCAGUACUUUUACUUAUCAGAGUAUUUUUGCACUGUGGUAUUGCUCUUUUAAAGUAGAGUACUUUAUCCACCACUGGACAUGCUGCAGCAAAAAUGACCAACAGCACAGACUGGACAUAUAAUGUAUUAAAAUUGAAUAGUUAAUAGUUGAAAAUCCUUCAUAUUCAACAUCUGUUUUUGUUUUUCAAAGCAAUAACUGAAUCAGUUUUCUAUCAAAUAAACUCGACUAAUCAACUAA